AUGCGUGACAAUCCUGGUUUACAGAGUGCUUCUUCAAAAAGAGGUAAAAGAAAGGCCAGCCCAGUAUCCAAACUACCAAGCCCAAACCCAAACGCACCCACCAAACAUCGAUCUAAACGGCCCGGAUUCUUGUCCAAGCAAAUAGCAGGAACUUACGUCCCACAACAAGAAGAGAUGGCUCUUUUUAAUACGCAUAUGUACAGCACGCAGACAGAUACCAUCACCGAUCCCCACUCCAACAGCACGGCACUAACAGCAGCAUCAACGGCCACUGCCAAAACAGAAAAAAGAGGGCUAUCAAGCACCACUCACAAGAGUCUAGAGAGCGUCACCAGCAUUAUUAGCUCCACUAGCGAGUCCAGUGAAUAUAGCGCUGCUGAUUCUAACGUUGACUGCAAGAAUGAAGGCAACGUUUCGCUGGACAACUUGCCGCCUUUCAGAAGCAUGUAUUGUCGAUGGCAAUAUUUCUACGAUCAGCGUCUAAGAGAAAUAGCAAAAAGGUACACUGUUCUGCCAGAGAAUCACUCAAUUUUCAAUGAGUUGAUCAUGAACUGCAAGCUAGAGUACUCGAAAUCGUGGAGAGGCCAGAUCGCUGCAUAUGUUUCACUUCUCUACCUCGUCGGGUUUGUCAUACUUACAGUUAUCUGUUGGUUAAUGGGCUUCUAUCUCUAUCGUAGGUUCAUCAAGAGUUUUGAAGCAUGCACCAUGCUUCCCAACUCCGACUAUGUGUUUGACGCCGGCAAGCUUCUUAGCAUUAAAAAGCUCCCAAGCCCAGAAUACAUCUCCAUAGUUUAUGGUAAGUUUACCGGCUUAGGGUCUGUCGAUGUAUACCACUGUAUCCAGCGCCCUGGGCCAAUAACGAACCUUGAUGGGACCACGGAGCAUCGUUCACUCUCCUAUCUACUAUCAUUUUCCUCCACAGCGACCUCGGUGAACUUUUCCCUUGCAGGCAACGGGAUGCCUGCCUCUGUCAAUCUUUACGCAAACGCAUUGGUAAGCAGACACUUCCCCUUUUCAGAAAAGAUUUGCAUUCUCCGCACAAACAACUUCGAGGAGCCUAUAACUGAUGAUAGCACGCCAGUCCUUCCAAUGAAAUUUGAGACGUGCCUCACGCUGCAGUACAUAUUAGAAAAUAGAACGACCGUCGAUCUUCGUCCAAUCUUCUAUUGUGACAACACCAUGGGCUGUAAUUACAAGAUCUAUCUACAAACGACUCACAAGUACAGGGACGUGCUCCUAGACCUGUAUAUAGCUUUGGAUUUUGCAGAUCUUAACACACGAGAUUGCAAGUAUAUAGGCCUUACAUCUACUGACGGCAUUUUGCCAAAGCCCGACAACUAUCUACUCAUAAAGCGUCGCAACGGCUCCAACCUUGUCCGCGAUACCAUAGCUGUUACGUUUCAUUACAGUAACAAGACAUUUAUCAUAGCGAUGAUUGUGCUUCUGCUUGUAGCAAUAGCUGUCCUGGUCCUGUUUGUUUACACCUUGCAAAUAGCGCAACAGCGCUUUUAUAUGCGCACAAUCAACAGGGUCCUAAACGAGUACAUAACUGAUAAGAGGUUCAGAAAGGAGGUUAUGGAGGCAAAGUCGAGGCUGUAG